GUUUUCUCUGGCCAGGUCUAGCUAAUCCGGCUCGAGUGUGCUUUUGGUACCGUUGUGCCCCCGGGAGGAGGGUAGUCGUUACCCGCUCGCGGGCCGACGCGAAUAGUGAGAUUUGGUGCUCUCACCAGUUGCCGUCACCUCCGUCCCAGCUUGUCCUCGGGGACUUUCCGUCUUAGAGUCGCCCGGGAGAGGCAGGGGCCCCUGGGAUCGGUCCGCGAAAGCUAGGGGCCCAUCCUCGCUGCGAGUUCGGAUGGGAGGUGGCGGGAGGAGCUACCUGGGAUGUUCAGUCUGAUGGCCAAUUGCUGCAACUGGUUCAAGCGGUGGCGGGAGCCUGUCAGAAAGGUGACUCUUGUGAUGGUGGGACUUGAUAAUGCUGGCAAAACGGCAACAGCAAAAGGAAUCCAAGGAGAACAUCCUGAAGAUGUAGCUCCUACCGUUGGAUUUUCUAAAAUUGACCUUAGACAAGGAAAGUUUGAAGUCACCAUCUUUGACUUGGGAGGUGGCAAAAGAAUUCGGGGAAUUUGGAAGAAUUACUAUGCUGAGUCCUAUGGGGUAAUAUUUGUUGUGGAUUCCAGUGAUGAAGAGAGAAUGGAAGAGACAAAAGAGACAAUGUCAGAAGUGUUAAGACAUCCUAGGAUAUCUGGAAAGCCUGUACUGGUGUUGGCAAAUAAACAAGACAAGGAAGGGGCUUUGGGUGAAGCUGAUGUGAUUGAAUGUCUCUCUUUGGAAAAACUGGUCAAUGAGCACAAGUGCCUGUGUCAGAUAGAACCUUGUUCAGCAGUUUUGGGAUAUGGAAAGAAAAUUGACAAGUCCAUUAAAAAAGGCCUUUAUUGGCUUCUACAUAACAUUGCAAGAGACUUUGAUGCCUUAAAUGAACGUAUCCAAAAAGACACAACAGAACAAAGAGCUCUUGAGGAACAGGAGAAAAGAGAAAGGGCUGAGCGAGUGCGAAAAUUACGAGAAGAAAGAGAACAAAGAGAACGAGAGCAAUCUGAUGAAACCAGUGGUCUGGCUGAGUUGGACCCAGAACCAGUUACUGUUAAUCCUUUCCAGCCAAUAGCAUCUGUAAUCAUUGAGAAUGAAAAAAAACUUGAAAAAGAGAAGAAGAAGCAAACGAUGGAGACAGACAGUGAUGGUUGCCUGCUGCAACAUAAAAUUGAGCCUGAGCAAAUAGAGACAGAGAAUCAGAUUGGUGACAGCAGCCAAAAACACAAUGAACUUGAAAUAGUAGAAAAUUAUAAGGAGGCAUUAACACAGCAGUUGGAGAAUGAAGAAGAGACAGACCAUCGAGCAUCAGAAUCAGAUAACAGUAAAAAGAAAACUAAGAAACUGAGAAUGAAAAGGAGUCACCGGGUAGAACCAGUUAAUACUGAUGAUGCUGCUCCUAAGAGUCCAACACCACCUCCACCUCCACCUCCUGUUGGCUGGGGAACCCCCAAAGUCACUAGACUUCCAAAACUUGAGCCUCUUGGUGAAACACGUCAUAAUGAUUUCUAUGGGAAGCCGCUGCCUCCCCUAACUGUGCGACAGAGACCUAAUGGUGAUGCUCAUGAUGUGAUAUCAUAACCAAAUCAUAUGGAUUGGCACGCUUAAUAUCAGCAAGGUGAACUGGGACCGCCUUCUCAGAAGAAGAAAAACUUUUGAGCAUUGAUGACUGGGGCAAUAAAAUCAUAAUGAUUUUAGUGAGGGAAUUAAUAGCCAAGGACCUGAUCUGAUAAUUAACUUCUCCAUAUUCUUCACACAGAAUAACCAGUUGAUGGGAUGAAUAACAUUUGGACCACGUUAAUAGGAGUUAGUGUUGACUCCUUGGUUUUUAUAUCCCCACUUAUGGGCAAAUUCCUGAAAGAAAACUUCUUCAGAAAUAGAGCCAAUGGACUCUAUGUACUUUAUUAUUUGUUUACUACUCUGUAUUUCUAUAUAACAAACAUUUUUUUAUAAGAUACAUGGGCAUGGAAGGAAACUCCUGGGAAUUUAUAAACUAAAUUUUUAACUUUUUAUAUUUUUCUAAAAUUUUUGUUUAAUUGCUAUUAUCUUGAUUGUGCACUUUUCUACAGAUUUUUUUUUAUUUGUGUGUGGAAAAUAGAGUUAAUUUACUUGAGAAACAUGAACUGUACAAACAGGAUAUAUUUAUAUGACUUAAGUUUUAUAAUAGCAUUGUUCUUAGUGUGUAAAUCCUAAUUUGACUUUAUUUUAAAAUAAUCUUUUUAAAAAGCAGAUACUCAGUCUUUAUUCUACCAAAUUAUGUGAUUUGAAAGCAUUAUUCAAGGAAAUCAUUCAAUUUUAUUGUUUUUGUUUUCUUUGAUAAUUUCAAUAAAUGAGAAUUAAAAUACUUUUAUUAACCUAAUUAUUUAAUUAAUAAAAAUGUGUUAUGAGAUAUUACUGAAAGUUCCAAGAAACCCGUUUUAAAGGUUAAGACACUUUCAGAGAUCAAGGUGGUCCCUAUUAUGACUACUGUCAGAAACCAUAGUGAAUCUUUUAUGUUAUUCUAAUUCUUUCAUGCCUUGAAAUUAUAGGCAAAAAGACUGAAAAAAAAAAAAAAAACUACUGCA